UCGUCUCCCUCUUAGGGCUCCGCUCCCGAACUGCAGCUUGAGUCAGUUGUGUGGAGGUGGCAGCGGCAGCAGCUCCGGCUGGCACACCGGUUCCGCGGGCACACCGGCACCCGUGGCACACCGACCCCAGCCCGUGGAGCCCCAGCCACUGGCACCCAGGGCGCCGUGGAGCCAUCGGGACUGGAACUGGCUGCCCCCCUCAGAGGGGUCCCCGUGUCCCCUCUGCCCUCCAGAGCAUCCACCAGCAGCCGCUGCCGUCAGGGACUCGCAUCCGGGCUCCGUCCCCACACCUGGCACCGCGGGGCAACGUGCCCCGAGCAUGACAGGCACCUGCCUGGCUCUCUGACGGCAUUGCAGGCAGCAGCCGCCCCACUCCCCCCACAUGCCCUUCGCCCACGGGGCCACCUGUCCCCCUUCGCGCCCAACCACCAUGGGCGAGGCACCCGAGCCAUCCCCCCAGGCCCCACUGGCCGUCCUGUCCAAGGUGGAGCUGCGGGUGAGCUGUAAACACCUCCUGGACCGUGACACCCUCAACAAGUCGGACCCCUGUGUCCUGCUGCUGAUGCAGUCCCAGGGCCAGUGGAUGGAGGUGGACCGCAGCGAGGUCAUCAAGAGCAACCUCAACCCUGUCUUCGCCAAGAUCUUCACGGUGGAUUACUACUUCGAGGAGGUGCAGAAGCUGCGGUUUGAGGUAUACGACAGCCACGGGCACGCUGGCGUGGGCACGCAUGACGACGACUUCCUGGGGGGCAUGGAGUGCACUGUGGGGCAGAUCGUGGCACAGAAGCGAGUAACAAAGCCGUUGUUCCUCAAGUAUGGCAAGUUUGCGGGCAAGUCCACCAUCACACAGGUCAUCUCGGAGGAGAUCUCAGGGAACAAUGGGUAUGUGGAGCUUGCCUUCCGCGCCAAGAAGCUGGAUGACAAGGACCUCUUCAGCAAGUCAGACCCCUUCCUGGAGAUCUACCGCAUCGAUGACGACCGCAGCGAGCAGCUGGUGUACCGCACCGAGGUGGUGAAGAACAACCUGAGCCCCAUCUGGGAGCCCUUCAAGGUGUCCCUCAACUCGCUCUGCAGCUGCGAGGAGAAGAGGAGGCUGAGGUGCGUGGUGUGGGACUACGACUCGCGGGGCAAACACGACUUCAUCGGGGAGUUCUUCACCACCUUUGAGGAGAUGCAGAAGGCAAUGGGGGAGAGCAAGGUGCAGUGGGACUGCAUGAACCCCAAGUACAAACUCAAGAAGCGCAACUACAAGAACUCGGGGGUCGUGGUGCUGCUGGACCUGAAGAUCCACAGGGUUUACUCCUUCCUGGACUACAUCAUGGGCGGCUGCCAGAUCCACUUCACGGUGGCCAUUGACUUCACAGCCUCCAACGGGGACCCGCGGAACAGCUGCUCCCUGCACUACAUCAACCCCUACCAGCCCAACGAGUACCUCAAGGCACUGGUUGCGGUGGGCGAGAUCUGCCAGGAUUACGACAGCGACAAGAAAUUCUCAGCUCUGGGCUUUGGUGCGAGGAUCCCCCCCAAGUAUGAGGUCUCCCACGAUUUCGCCAUCAACUUCAACCCCGACAAUGAUGAGUGUGAGGGCAUCCAGGGCGUCGUGGAGUCCUACCAGAGCUGCCUGCCCAAAAUCCAGCUCUACGGCCCCACCAACGUGGCCCCCAUCAUCUCCAAGGUGGCUCGUGUGGCAGCCGAUGAGGAGCGGACGAAGGAGGCGUCGCAAUACUUCAUCCUGCUGAUCCUGACGGACGGGGUGGUGACGGACAUGGCGGACACACGGGAGGCCAUCGUCCGCGCCUCCUACCUGCCCAUGUCCAUCAUCAUCGUGGGCGUAGGCAAUGCCGACUUCACCGACAUGCAGAUCCUGGAUGGGGACGACGGCGUCCUGCGCUCCCCCAAGGGCGAGCCCGUCCUGCGCGACAUCGUCCAGUUUGUCCCCUUCCGGGAGUUCAAGAACGCAUCACCGACAGCCCUGGCCAAGUGCGUGCUGGCAGAGGUGCCCAAGCAGGUGGUGGAGUACUACAGCUACAAGGCCUUCCCCCCCCGCUGCCCCCAGCCCGACACCCCCGACUCCAACCUCAGCUCACCCCAGUGAGAGACCCCCCACUCCCUCCAGUGUGACACAGGGACAGGGGGUCCCUGCUUGGUCCCAGUCCUGCUGCAAACCCCUCCUCGCUGGGCAGGGUGGCACCGGGAGCCGGCACUGUGUCCCCACUGGCACUUGCCUGGUGAUGCAGGGACAAUCCCGGUGCCCCAGUGCAGGAGAACCCCAUUGUGCUGCCCAGGGGGAGCAGGGGUCCCAGUGGACACUGCCUGGUCCCACUGGUCCGUGCCCCAUGGCCUGUCCCCAUUCCAUCCCUGCUGUCCCUGUGGUCCCCUCGGUUCCUGCUUGUUUGUCACUGUGACAUUGUUUGGAGGCUGCAUGACGAACCCCCACCGCAUACGGGGCCCCCCCAAUAAAGAAACCAGCCCUGUGCCCAUG